CCUUUCCGUUUCCCACACCUCUAUUCCAACCGCCACAGCCCCCCAACACCACCAGCAACAACCAGGGCCCCUUCUUCCCUCCUCCCCCCCAAUUUUUUUUCCUACGCUCCGGAAUGGCGGACUCCCAGGUGGAGGCGAUGAGGAAGGCGUACGCGGGGAUCAUGCUCAGCAUGGCGCAGGAGUCGGCGGCGCGGGUGCUGGCGGCGGAGCGGCGCGCGGCGGCGCUCGCCGCCGGGCUCGAGGCCGCCAAGGACGACGGCGUCGCCGCGCUCCUGCGGCUCAAGGCCAUCAUGGAGGCCAGGGUUAAAGAGGUAGAACUGCAAUCUUCAGCGCAUGUUAAAAGGAUCAAGGAACUAGAAGAGCAAUUGCAUGGCACACAAAAGACUAUGGCCUCGCUUAAAGUUGAGCUGCAUCUGGCAAAUAAUGAAUUAGAGCAGACAAGGAAAACCUUAGCUGAGGCAAGAGUAAAUGGCCUUCCCACAUCCAAGGAAGCUGAUUCUAAUAAAGACACCAGCCCUCGUUCUGAGAUACAUCAACAAGGACAAGGAGGAAAUAUAUUGUUGAAGAAUAAAAAGAACGCGGACGACUGUGAUGAAGCUUGCCUUGUUCCUAUAUCCGCAGAGAAUGGAGCAGUGGAAAAAUUGGACAUAAAUCGUUGUAGUCCUGAUCUGCCAUCAUUUAUGGAAAGAAAUAAGAAACCUAAUUUCUAUCAUAAUGGGUGUACACAGCGUAUCCAUGCACUUAAACAGCGGACUAAAGGAACAGGUGCAUCCCUGAAACAAAAUCCAAAGCAGGCUACUGCAUUGAAUAGCUGUUCAAAGACCAGAAAGAAUAAUGCUGCUAAAAACCCAUGCCACACAAGGUCCAUCAUGGAAGACAUACUUCAAACAAAAUUUCUGGGCAAGUACAAGGGCAAGAGAGGCAGAAGAAGCAGGCCCAGUGGUAAGCAUGAUAAUUCCAGUGAGCAUGGGGAAGCAGAAGAUAAGUUAUCUGAUACAUCUGAUGGAAAUGGGUGUUUGCUGCUAAUUCAGGCUCUUGAACAGGAACUUUCACCACCACAGAUGUCUGCUGGACAGGGUGUGGAUGCCUUAACUGACAUGAAGGAAGACUUAAAAAUAAGCAGGAGGGAUGCUGGCUUAAAUCAGGGGACUGCCUUCCCUGAACUGCUUGAUGUCCUUGCAGUCAACAACAUGCAAGUGAAAAAGAGAAAAAGAACAAAGACUAUCAGGGUUUUGGAAGAUGAACUUUCCGAUUCCAAAAGUGUUCCUGGAUCUGCUAACACCCUGCUUAGGACAACCAGCGAGAAAAGCGUGUCUGAUAAUGAAUUGAUCUCUGAGGUGGCAGAGAAUCGCUCAGAUACAUCUGCCAAAAACAAUGGUCCUCCUCUGAAAUGUACUACUGAAAACUUUAUGCAUCAGACUAGUGUAGAUAAUGGUCAAUUUGAACCUGAAAACAGCUCUACAGUGCUCCUUCAGUCGACCAAAAGUGAACCUAUAGAUUAUGGUAACUUAGUGGUGGACCAGCUAGAGCAGAGAACACCAAAUACUAAUACUGCAAGCUGUAAGGAAGUUUUAGAGGAUGGAAGCUGCACUUUGGCUUCACAUAAGGCUGAUGCUUCAACUGUUAGUUCAUUGGACAAAGAAGAAAAUUCGAAGGCAUCUUCUGGACUUCCCGUGCAAGCUUUAGAGAAACCUGAUGCUUCAAUUGCUAUCUCCCUGAACAAAGAAGAGCAUGCAAAGACAGCUUCUGGAGCUUCCAUGCAAGCUGAAGGUGCCAGACAUAUCAAAUACACAUUCAACCGCAGGAAGCGCAAGUGUGUGUCUAUAUACAGCACCCCUCAGCGUGCUGUUCCUGAGAAGAGCAGCGACCUGGGUAGUCCACCUAAAAAGCAAAAUCCUCAUCCAAAUCCUGUGAUGCAAGAGCAUCCAGUGGGUUCUCCUCAACGCGACAAUCAUCUAGUCCAUAUUGCCCAACAGCUCAUUUUGUUGUCAGAGCAUAAGUGAUGUGAGUUUUGAUACAUAAAGCUGAAGAAAGGAUUGAUUCGGUGGCAUAAUAUUUAAGAGAGACUCCUGAUAAAUGAAUUUUGUAAUAUUCUAAUCCAUUCUUUCUUCCUUGGAGGAGUAGAAGAGUUCCUGGUGGCGACAACAGAGAGAUCAAGAAAGCAGCUCAACCUGAUAGAUGUUACUGUAGUAGACUGUAUAGAUUAGGCAGCAAGUUAAACUGUUAUUUAGUUGUUGAUGAAUUUGAAAAUAUUGUUUUUAAGUAGGUGAUAAAUUUUGAGUUAUCGAGUUAAUCAGAAUUAAAAAUGGGAAGAAUCGCUCCCUGGGUGGAAAGGUUUAUAAAGUUUAAACCAUUCUCUCUAUCACUUGUUUCUCCAUGAAGUUUUUCUGUUCUUUUUGGAGCUCCAUUCUCAUUGUAUAUCCUUGGCAGAAUGCGUUCGUUGCCAACUUUAUCUAUUUA